AUGCCCAAUAAGAAUAAGAAGAAAUCGCUGCCGUCUUCAAUGACGGCCACAUCUUCUUCAAAUACUCAAUCACAACAACAACAUCAACCCGAAGAUGUUGUAGCUAGUGCUUCAUCAAGAAAUAUUCAUGAGGAGUUGAGAAACGAAUUAUUUUCGGAAGUAAUCGUUUAUCCCGAUUCCUUGAGUUUUUAUUAUGUGAAUGAACCAAAUGUAAAUCAACAGCCUUCAAUAUCGUAUAAAGAAGCUCUACAAAAACCUAGUGAAACUAAAAUAAUUAAAAAGCCUCUUCUUGAAGAGUUUACUAUUGAUGAUCCCUUGAAAAUUGAUUGUACAAGAAAAAUUAUGAUCAUCUUUUUUUUCAAAACAAAAGAACACAACAUGAUGGUGAAUUCAGAUAUUCUCCCAGGAGGAGAAGAAGAGGAUGAUAAGGAAUCCACAAACCAACCUUUGAUUGCUGAGGCAAGCAUUACUUUAAAAAUUAUCCUGCCAGUUGGAUAUCCAAUUUUACCUCCUGAAGUCACCAUAGAAAAUGCUAUCGGUAUGAGCAAGGAGAGCGUGAAGCAGCUCUACGACAAAAUAAUAUCAAAAUGCAAUGAGGGGAAAGGGUUCCAAUUGUUGCAUGAAAUAAUUACAACUUGUACUGAUGGAGUGAAAGAAUAUGUAGAAAGGCUAGAACAAGAUUACUAUAAUGAAAAGAGACGAGCAAUAGAAGAAAAAGAAAAACGACAAAAACUCAACAAACAAAAAGAACAAGAAAUUAUUGACAUGGGCGCAAAGAGAAAGCAAAUGAUUAAAGAACAAAAAACAAGAAAGCUAGAACAUAAGUUAAAACUCAUGAUGGACGAAUCUCCAACACCCAUCAGCAAAGUCACAGAAGAAAUUUUUGAAUAUCAAAAAAGUAUGCAUGGUCAAUCGUCAAGCAGCCCUGUGUCGAAAUUUACCUCUCAUGAUCACGAGGAAGAAGAAGAGGAAAAAGAUGAAUAUUUAAAUUAUUCAGAGGAAGAUGAUGAGAGCCAUAGCGAAGAAGAAGAAGAUAGCGAAGAAGAGGAAGAAGAGGAAAAACCAAAAAAUCGUAACUUUUUCAAAAGAGCUGUCUUGGUGGAUAGUGAUGAGGAAGAAAGUGACGCUAGUGAAGAGGAGGAAGAAGAAGAGGAAGAAGAGUUAGUGUUAGAAGAAGAAGAGGAAGAAGAUGACUCGAAAAAGAAAAAAACACAAAAAAAGCCAUCUCACAGAUCUUCUCCCAUAUCGAUAAGGGAAGAAAAGGAAUCCAGCGAUUCUAGUCAAUCUGGAACCAGCCCUGGAGUUGUAUCAUCUAGCCCAGCUAAAAAUUUUAUCAACUUCUAUCUAGACGCAAAAAAGAAAAAAGAAGAUGCUCGCUUAGAAGAAUUAACAGAGGAUAAUCAACAGCGAACUCAAAUGCUUCUGGUUCAUCUCAUCAAAAUAUUUUGUAACAGACUUUCCAAAGAUCAAAAACAUGCUUUUACAGAGUUGACAGAGCAACUUAUGAAAAUAGGAGUUUUGUCACCCUCUAUGGAAAAGUAUAUUUCAAAUUUUACAGAGUUUAAAGAACAAUUUAGAAACCUAUUUAAUGAACAAAUCAAAACAGCCUCAGAAAGCGCAGUUGAGCCGUUUUCCUUCUUUUGGAGAGAACCAAGCGACCAGGUGGAUUCCUCUUCAUUAAGCUUAUCAAGGUACAAAACAGAUUUCGAAGAACUCGAGCGAUUGGGGGAAGGAGGCUUUGGAAUGGUCACAAAAGUCAAAAAUCAGCUCGAUCAAAGAAUUUAUGCGAUUAAGAAAAUUAAAUUCCAGUCAAGGGAUGAGAAAGAAGAGAAAAUUAUUUUGAGAGAGGUUAAUCUGUUAUCAAGACUAAACCAUAGCUACAUUGUACGAUAUUUCAACGCAUGGAGAGAGGAAAAUAAUGAAACUAUAGAAAAUGAAAUGUUUGAAAGUAACUCAGAUGAAACAGAAUAUUAUAACUUUGACUCAGUUUCCGAAAUGACAGAACCUAAAACUAAAACGGAGCUAAAGUCAACAAAUGCCUUCACCAAAAAUGUGCCAACACGUAUUCUGUAUAUACAAAUGGAAUAUUGCCAAGAAACUCUUCGAGAGGUCAUUGACAAGACCUCUCUAACACGAGAUGAAGCAUGGCGGUAUCUAAGACAAACGGUAGAGGCUCUCAAUUAUCUGCAUAAGAAUGACAUUAUACAUCGUGACCUGAAACCAAGUAACCUCUUUAUUAGUGUAGAUCGAACCAUUAAGGUGGGAGAUUUUGGACUUUCAGUUGCUGUGAGAGGCAAGUCACACUAUUAUCGACAUCACAGAGGACAAUCUGAAUUUUCCUUAUCUCAAUCAAACUCAUCAGAGCUGUCUACAGGAGUAGGCACAGCAUUAUACAGCGCUCCAGAGAUCUUAACGUCACCUCACUAUUCCUCAAAGGUUGAUAUUUAUUCAUUAGGAAUUAUUUUCUUUGAAAUGCUCCAUCCCAGGUUUUCCACUGGAAGCGAACGCCUUGUGGUAAUAUCAAAACUUCGUGAGACUGGUAAAGUUCCUCCUUCUUUUCCAGCAGUUUAUGAAAAGGAAAAAGAGAUUAUAGAAUGGAUGCUCAAUGAGGACCCAGAAAAAAGGCCCACUGCUGAACAGUUGUUAGGGUCAGAGUACAUGCCUAUAUCCACCACAGAAGAAAAACUUUCCAUUCUAUUUAACAGAAAAGAAAAAGAUUUAUCCAUCAGCAAUGAGUUUAAUUUAGCCAAAGUUUACAAUCGAGAAAAAGCAAUUCUAACUCUCCAAUCAAUAUUUCACCUGCAUGCAGCCGUCCAAUUCGACGUAGAAAUUUACUUUCCAAACAGUGACCAAUUGGAUGGAAUGAUUCAAGAAAAAGACUCGUAUCCUGUCAUGUUCAAGUCAGGAAAAUUGAUGAACAUUGCAAAAGAUGGAGCCAUUACACUCGCAAGGUAUUUGGCAAGACUUCCUAACGACCGUGAAAUCAAGUUUUUGAAACGAUACUCAUUCCAGAAUGUGGUAAAACAAAGCGAUAAAUCCGGUUUCACAAUGAGUCAAGUAUGCUCUGUUGACAUUGUGGGCUCAAGAUUUGGACUUAUUACAGACGCAGAGAUUAUCAAGAUUCUUAGUAGAAUUGCAAAGGUCUUUGUACCAAAACAUGGCCGUUGGGUUCUCAGAAUUAAUCAUACCGGCGUUAUUUAUUCCAUAUUAGACUAUUGUGGAGUACCCAAGAGAGAAUACGAAGAACUUUGCAGGUUCGUUUCAAAACGAAAAAAGUGUAACUACACUUGGAAUCAACCUGUACCAGAAGGAAAGCCAAUUCUAAAAGAUUUAUUUAGAUUGAGAGGAGCUGUGGAUGUCACAAGACAAAAGCUUGCCAAUAUUUUUACUAACAUUGGAGCUAGAGAGGCCCUCAAUGAUAUUUCAACCCUGCUCAAUAACAUUUCGAUAUGGGGUAUUGACAAGUCCAAUGUCAAGAUUGAAUUUGAUACAAGCCUAACGAACGACUACCAACGAUAUAGUGGUGUGAUUUUCCAAUUUGGAAUUCAAAAAGGUGAUGAUUACAUUGCUAUUAUGAAUGGUGGUAGAUAUGACAAAAUGGUCACUCACUUCACACUCUUUGAUAAGACACCUCAAUAUGUGGUAGGAGCGAAUAUAAAACUCGAGAAAUUAUUUAGACAUACCCUUUUGGUGGAUACCAAACAAACGACAGAGCUCACCACCAGUGAAGAGGAAGAGCCGAUCAUUCCUCAUUUUGACAGUGGUGUGCCACAAGUACUCGUAUAUUCAGAAAAUAAGGGAAUUAAGGAAGAAAGGAUGAGAGUUGCUGACAUGUUAUGGGAAGCAGGAAUCAAGACAGAUUUGACCUAUGACGAUAAUACCGAUUAUGAAUAUGUGAAAACCUAUUGCAAGCAACACAAGGUCAAAUACAUUGUCGUAACCAAGUCAAACCUCAUUUCCAAAAAUCUAGUGAGAAUUCGAUUAUCUACUAACCAAGAUUCAGAAUCAGGCAUCAAGAAAGCAAAAGUCUACGAAAUUGACAAGAAAAAUCUCGUUGCCUACAUUACCAGUGAAGGAAAGCAGAAAAAGCCAACCACUCCAAGCGCUUCCUCAAGCACCAUCCAGCCAAGCUCACCUCUAGAUACAAUACCUGAAAAUCACGUUGUGUUUUUACAACCUAAAAACAAAGCAAAACAUCAAAGUACUGCCAGCAUUGCCGUUAAGAAAUGUUCACAACAAGUCAAGUCCUUGUUGGAAGAUAGUGUUGUACUAAUUUCGCUAACACUCACUAGUCAAGAUGUGAAAAAGAUUGCCAACACCACUCAUCGACCUCCAAGUGGUGGCACCACAGAAGCGGACAUUCUCGCCAAAUACGUGAAGGAUCAUGAUACGAAUAUAUUUAUUUACACGUCGAAAGAUGAUAAGGUGACUACCAUCCUGAAGAAAUAG